UACACCAUGGACAUAUUGGGUCACAAGCAUUGCGAUCCCAAAGGGCUUGGUAGCUCGCAAUCUUUCGUAGGACAAGCCGGCGUCAUUGUACGUCAGAGCCCCUCAGGGCCCUGUAGGUUGUGCACCACGCAAACGACUCUUUCAUACUGGAAAUAUAGUUGAAGUUGUAUUUCCCACCAAACCAUCCCUUUGGGGGUUGCCAUGGCCAUUGCUCAUCUCGGACAUCGCGGCCCCAUGGGCGCACGAGGUGGGGCCUGCCCAGGGUUGCGAGCCCUUGCCAUUCUACGAUGACGUGCAAGCUGCGGGAUAUCCUGGGGAGGGUGGCGCGCCACGCGCGGAUCUUGUCGGGCCUUGGCUUGGUCUUCUUUCGAGAGAUAGACGUGCCCGACGAGAACUUCGCGUGGAUUCCUGCCCGGGUCUUUCCAAAAGCUUGCUACUGCGACCCCUUCUGGAAGCAGUUCUUCAAGUUGUGGCGGGUCCGCCUCAAAUGCUGGAACUGCGAUGAAGCGGAUGCUCCCCUGCGCACCCAGUAUUGGGAGCACUUUCAACAGGUCUGGGCUGGCUACCCCUGGUCCAAAGGAGACCAGGUGGAAUACCUGAAGCCCUGUUGGAGCGGCUUUCUACUCCUGUCCUUUGCGAUGCUCUCCCAGCCACAGAAGCUGCCCAUCGAAGAGCUUACCCUUCGAUGCAAGUUUUUCGCGCAACAUCUCCAAAAGGCUGAAGAGCACGUGACCUUCAAGCCACGCAGAUGUGUUCUGCCCCAGCUGCGGCGAGGUGCUCGUGCCUUCCGGAGAACCUUCCAAGUCGCGCCCCAGGAGAUCCAACACUUCGUCCGCUCCGCCUGCGAAGGCUUACGCGGUAGCUCAAGCCGCGGACGGCUCGAUGCCUUCGACGCUGCCUUCGUCGGUGAUGGGCGGAGCUUGCUGGAGCUGCGGAUGGAAAAAGCAUCGGAGCUGAGGGUGGCACAAUGGCACGUCUACCGGAAGGAGCAGAUAGUCAUGUCAGUGGAGCUUCAAUUCGCUGGCGAGAUGGUGGUGGAGUUGCCUGCGCCUUUGUGGGUCGGUGCAGAUGUGAUCAAGGCUCUAGCAGCGCCGACCUUGGCAAAGCUCGUGUACCAGCCGCCUUCUCAGGAAGAGCUGGGACGCGAUCCUGUUCUCGUCGCAGAAGAGCGUAGCACGCAUGCAGUGGAGCCGAGCAAGCCGCCAAAGGAUGAGGCCAUCCGUGCACACGAGUACCGUGCGGCAGUCUUCCUGCGGAAGGGGCAGCCUGUGGCCACACUUGCAGAGCUGGAGGCUGCCUUGUGCUUGUCCGAAAAGCGGAGCCUUAUCCCACCGAACGAGAUCCGGGAGCGAUGGCAGACGCUGGCAGCUUCGGCCCUCGCCUGGUCCUUCGACUGCUUGGCACAAGCAGCGCAACCAGGAAACCAAUGGCAGACGCAGGUCCUGCAGAUGCUGUGUACCUGCGAGAUCCUCACUCGCUUUGAAGUGGCUGAGACGUUUGGCGCGGAGUCGAUGGUCUUGCGGCCCUUUCUGCGCGCCUUGAGUCACCUGGGCUUGGGUCAAUACUACCAGUUGCGGAAGAAGCCUCGGGCCGCCGCGCGCUUCCUGGAACAGGCUGCCAACGGGCAAGCCCAGUGGGUGCAUCCUGCAAUCCUCUUGAACCUUAGUUCGGUACACUUGUUGUUGAAGGAGCCGGGGAAGGCCCUCUCCUGCCUUUGCCAGGUGGUUUUGGCACUGAAGAACUCCAUCGGCCCGCUGUGCCCCAAUAGCGACCAGGUGGAGGGGGCCCUGGAGGCUGCUCAGACAGCAGUCACCCAGGUCCUGGGGCCCAUCAAGGAGGACCAGCGACAAGCAGCACUGGUGGAAGUGGACCCCUUUGGCCAUGGCAUCGACCUGGGCGAGGAGAAGGGCAGGUCCCUCCGGGUGGUGCCAGGGCACCUUCUCGACACUCCAGAGGUGUCCAAAAGCACCGUGGUGCAGGAGGCCAAGGUGCCUUCGACACCUCGGCGCGGCUUAGGCCGCCACGGCUUGAUCAGCAAAGAGCAUCUCCAGGGAGAGGAGGCCUUUGGCUACGAGGUGGAUGCUGCAGUGGUGCGCAUCUUGCUGAGAGCUAAGGCUCUCCUCAAACCAGAAGCGCAGGCGGAGACCGAAGCAGAAGCUGGGAAGAAAGCCUUGGAGGAGACAUUGAGAAAAAAUGGCCGCGCCGGGCGUGGCGAAGCAUUACGCCAAGCUCAAGCAGGUCUGGCCCUACUGGAAGAGUGUAACCCAGGACUUGGGCAUCGGCCUGGUCUUCCGAGAGUGCUUGCUGCUGUGCUUCCUACAUGUGGCAUGCGCCUUAGCGCAGCUCAGCUCCAAGCGCGUCUACGACUUGUGGGUGGUGCCCUCCUUGCGCGAAGGCUUGGUCUUGGCCAUCGUCCUCUUCGGCUCCAAACAUCCAUUGGCGCUGAAGCUGAUGAACGCCUCCCGAAGGUUGCAGCCCGAAGUGCAGCACUCUGA